GCGUCUGACAUCAUCACAUGUUUAGUCGUGUAGAAUGGCGGCAACUCUUGGACCUGCACAGGGUGCAGACUCUGACCUAGACCGAAAUGUCAUUGAAGACGAACCUAGGGGCACAGAUGGAGACGAAGAAAAUUCACAGCAAACGGGUGCCUCAAACGCUCCUCAGAGUCGCUUGGCGAAAUUACCUUUGGCUCGGAUAAAAGCUCUCAUGAAAGCUGACCCGGACGUCACGCUGGCUAGUCAAGAGUCUGUUUUCAUCAUUGCGAAGGCUACAGAAUUGUUUGUGGAAAUGAUUGCUAAAGAUGCACUGGUGUAUGCACAACAGGGAAAACGGAAAACACUGCAAAGGAAGGACUUAGAUAAUGCCAUUGAAGCGAUUGAUGAAUUUGCGUUUCUUGAGGGUACCUUGGAUUGAUUUUUUGCAGAUGGAGAGCAAAAGUACAAUGAAAACUGGAUAUACAUGGUGUUUAUCUAUUGGACUGAGAAGGACAAUCCAAGAUAUCAGGAUUGUCGUGGCCAAAAUCAUCCACAAGUGUUGGAAGUCACACUUUUCGUUGUGGGUGUAAGUGUCUUUUGUACAUAUUAUGAAACAGCGUAAUACGUUUUUUGAAAAUAAACUUUUUAAA